CGCAGGAGCAGGCGGGGCAGCUACGCGGGGUCCUCGCGCGCCGCCCACGUGGGGCCGAGCCGGACCGUGGGCCGGGUUCGCGGGGUCCCGCCGCGCCAGCCAGUGCCGGCGCACGCCCGUGUCUGCCUCUGCCACCACCUUGCCGCGCGCCAUGGCCGCCGUCGGCGGGCCGCUUCUCCACGUUCCCAAGUCCCCGACCGCCGCCCCCAGGACGCUCUCGGGAUCCCGCCGGGCCCAGGCGAGGCGGCAAGCAGAGGCCACCAAAAGAAAACACCCAGCAUCCAGGGAGGCUCCCCCAGCGAAACGGAGGAGCGAGGCGUCCUUUCUCCCAGCCGAGAAAGCUGCUGCUAAAGAAACACAAAGGACUUUUAAGGGGAAGGCACAGAAAACAUUUUCUCCAAAGAAGUCUUCGGUUGGUGUGAGUGAUGGAACCCGAGAGCAGAAACCGUGCGUUAGGACUUCGUCAUUAUUUAAAAACAACCCUGAAAUCCCGGAGCUCCACAGACCUGUAGUAAAGCAGGUGCAAGAAAAGGUGUUCACUUCGGAUGCUUUUCAUGAACUGGACCUCCACCCACAUUUAAUUUCCACAAUAAAUACGGUCUUAAACAUGACUAGGAUGACCAGCGUUCAGAAGCAAAGUAUUCCCGUGUUGCUGGAAGGCAGAGAUGCUCUGGUGAGAUCGCAGACAGGCUCAGGUAAAACUCUUGCCUACUGCAUCCCUGUGGUCCAGUCUCUUCAAGCAAUGAAAUCAAAAAUACAGCGCAGUGACGGCCCCUAUGCCCUGGUACUGGUGCCAACAAGAGAGCUGGCUCUGCAAAGCUUUGACACUGUUCAGAAACUGCUCAAGCCAUUUACCUGGAUUGUGCCUGGAGUGUUGAUGGGAGGAGAAAGAAGGAAAUCAGAAAAAGCCAGACUCCGCAAGGGAAUAAAUAUCCUUAUCUCGACUCCUGGGCGACUGGUGGAUCAUAUAAAAUCCACAAAGAACAUUCAUUUUCGUCGGAUACAGUGGCUGAUUUUGGAUGAAGCAGACAGAAUCUUGGAUUUGGGUUUUGAAAAGGAUAUCACAGUGAUACUCAACGCCAUAAAUGCUGAAUGCCAGAAACGACAGAACGUCUUGCUGUCGGCGACACUCACAGAAGGUGUGACGCGGCUAGCUGAUAUCAGCUUGCUCAAUCCGGUCAGGAUUUCUGUCCUGGAUCAACACCAUGGCCAGUCUGACCCAAAGGGCAGAGAAGUUCCUGAGGCCUCCCCUCUCUCAGCUGCUGGCGAGCCGGACAGCUUUGCGAUUCCAGAGAGUCUCGACCAGCAUGUGACACUGGUUCCCAGCAAACUGAGGCUCGUCUCCCUGGCGGCCUUCAUCCUACAGCAGUGCAAGUUUGAAAAAGACCAGAAGAUGAUCGUCUUUUUCUCGAGUUGUGAGCUGGUGGAGUUCCACUACCACCUCUUCGUGCAGACCCUGCUGGGCCGCUCCGGGGCCCCUGCGUCAGGGCAGCUGCUGCCAUCUGCUGCCACGCGAUUAAAAUUCCUGCGGCUGCACGGCAACAUGGAGCAGGAGGAAAGAACAGCAGUGUUUCAAGAAUUCUCACAUUCCAAAACAGGCGUCCUUCUUUGUACGGAUGUUGCAGCUCGGGGCUUGGAUCUCCCUCAAGUCACGUGGAUUGUUCAGUACAACGCGCCGUCUUCACCUGCUGAAUACAUCCACCGGAUCGGGAGAACCGCCCGGAUUGGCUGCCGUGGGAGCAGCCUGCUCAUUUUGGCUCCUUCGGAGGCGGAAUAUGUCAACUCGUUGGCUUCUCACAAAAUCAACGUUUCUGAGAUUAAGGUGGAAGAUAUUUUGUCUGUACUGACAAGGGAUGAUGGUUUUAAAGGGAGCCGGUGGGGAAGCCAGAAAUCCCGUGCUGCUGGCCCCCAGGAAAUCCGAGAGCGAGCCACGGUCUUGCAGACGGUAUUUGAAGAUUACGUGCACUCCAGUGAGAGGAGGGUCUCCUGGGCAAAGAAAGCUCUGCAGGCCUUCAUCCGAGCGUAUGCAACCUACCCCCGGGAGCUGAAGCACAUCUUCCAUGUCCGGUCGCUCCACCUCGGCCACGUGGCUAAGAGCUUCGGCCUGAGAGAUGCCCCCCAAAAUCUUAGUGUCGCAGCUGUGAAGAGAAGGCAGGCAAACUUGAAUAGGGCUGACCUUCAUAAGAAGACCCGGAGUAAACACCGCCUUGCUGAAAUCUUGCGUUCGGAAUACUCAAGUGGGAUGGAGGCCGGCGUCGCCAAGGUCAAAAAGCAAAACAAACACGCAGAGCCCGGCAGCCAGCCACGCAGUGCUGUCUGUAACCGGCGCCCAGCCUCGGCCGUGGGAAAAACUAAGAAACAUUCCCCGUGAAGCAGAAAAACCCAAAAAGACUUACUGGGGGACAACAGGACUUGCCAAAAAAGUUUUCGUUUUGGGGGGCUUGGGGGUGGAUCCUGGAGGCCUCAGAGCCCUGGGCUGAUGUCCUGUCCUUGUCAGGACCUUGUGGGAAGUAAUGGUGCCACUUUUCCCUGAAGACGAUGUCCCUGACCCGGAGAAGCCACAGCCCUCACCCGGGCGGGGGCGGGGGUUGGCGCAGUGUAGCCGAGCCGGUUAAUUCUUACCUUCUGUGAGGUAGCUUAUACUUUGUAUUUCUUCCACCAGAACCGUCUUGGCCUGCAGUUUGCAGGUGCCCUGCGAGCUCGGGUGCGGGUCUGGUGGUGCCGGCAUCAGCAGGGGGGCCUCUUCUGGCCUCGGGACAGUGUUCUGAAGGAGUCUCAAAGUUUUCAUGAGCUGCCCUAUGUCAGCUCGUGGAUUAGCAUGCAUUUUGUAAAAUAGGAUUUUAAAAACUGGAAUGCAGUUUGCAACAGUGAGAAAAAAACAUCGGAUCAUUUUCUUGACGUACCCGUGCUUCGUGUAAAAGGACCCGACAGGUUUGGGUGUGGGUCAGAAGGCUCCUGGUCCCGUCGGCGGGCUGCUGCUCCAUACCCCACAACGUAGUCACGAGCAUGGCUGUCCCUUUCGUGUCCGAGGAACACUUCUCUCACUGCUGAUGGAUGUACUGGUGUCUUUUUUGUUUCUUUAUUUUUUUUUUUACCGUUGCCUUUGAAGUCAAAGGGCACCAGUCGGCCGAGUAAACGAGUAAACGUUUCCGCCCAUCGAAUCCCACCUUGUCCUCAAGUCUGGGGUCUGGGGUUCUUUGUAGUGUGGCCCAGGCCUCAGCCACCCGUCCCCUACUGUGUGUCCCUGGGAGGUUUGAAAGUGCCCUCCCAGCGGGGCUUCCUGAUUUCCCAGUAAGUGUCAGAUUGGGGUGCGGGAGACUCCAGAGGGGAGUCUGCCCGGAGGUGCUCUGUUCGCUCCACUUUCCUGUUCUCUUGCCGCCUUCCUCCUCCUCCAGUUCCUGCAGCAGGAGCUGAGGCCCCACUUCAGUAAACCCUCCAGAUCCACAGGCUCUGAGUGGCCGGGAGCGGAUCCUGAGAGUUGCGGGGUGGGCCGUCUGCAGGGUCCACAGAGGGGUCGGCGUGCUCACCUCUGUCCCUCUCUGGUAGCCAGGGUAGGGGCGGUCAGCUGACACCCACACCAGAGGCCCCGGAGAGAGGGCCAGCGGGAGCCCAGUGAGCACUAAUCCUCCACAGAGGGAAACUGUGACCUCCCCAGAACGGCUGUCACAUAGCAAUUCACAGGGACGGUUGGUGAAAUUUCCAACAACACUAACGAUAAUAAUAAAGCUGUGCAGCACAUGUCAAGCCGACUUGGGGAAAUCCGCCACCUUUCUUUUACUUCAGCGUAAUGGUUCACAGGAUUUGGAUGAGAAAAGGAGGCAUCAAACUUUAGAGACAAAACCCAGCUGUGUGAGAAACAGGAUUAAUGCCAGUGAUUGGGGAGGAUCAAAGAGAAGCCCUGCUCCCCCCCACACCCCCCAUGUACUCAUUCCAAGAGAGGUCCGAUCCUGGUUCCGCAUUCCUGGGGGAGCCGUGCUGAGUGUGUAAAGGACGAUAAUUCUAAGGUGGAACUCGUGCUUAAUCUGCUAACACUGAGGUGAGGGGUUCCUGCCAUAGAUGCUUUGUGGGCCUGUUUCUAAGCAGAAUCAAUAUAUUACCCCCAGUUAAUAAAGAAACAUGGAUUUAACAGAUUUAAGGUUAAUAUUAUCUAAAUUUAAAUAACCUUAAAAUAAAUCUCUUUCUCCUA